AUGGCAGUCAUCCUCGUGGUGGGAGCAACCCGUGGUUUAGGUGCCAGUACUGUCAAACAAUAUGCUGAGCAAGGCGGCAACACCGUCUACGGCACGACAAGAUCGUCCGAAGGCCCUGAAGAUUUCCAUACAGACAUCAUAUGGCUUUCCGGCAUCGACCUCAUGCAACCUAACGUCGGCGAGACUCUUGUUAGUCUCUUGGACUCUUCCCAACCGAUCGACUCGUUGAUCAUCACAGCAGGUUACUUCGCUACAGGAGACUUGACCGCGGACAAAGGUCCCAGCUGGGAGCAGGAGCAGCGCAUGUACACAACCAGUUCAAUCGCCCCCGUUUUCAUCGUCCACCGGCUUAUCCACCAGGGCUUUUUGAAAAGGGAUUCCAAGGUAGUGCUCGUGUCCUCCGAGUCCGGCAGCAUCACUCUGCGACAUCCCAAGGAGGGGGGAGGAAACUACGCUCACCAUGCCAGCAAAGGAGCUCUCAACAUGGUGGGCAAGCUGCUCAGCUUAGACCUUCGAGAGCAGGGCGUCAUUAUCAGCAUUGUGCAUCCAGGCUUUAUGCGAACCGAAUUGACAAAGGGCGUUGGCUUUGACAGAUUCUGGGAUGAAGGUGGAGCUGUGAUGCCGGACAAGGCGGCUACAAGCCUGAUCGAGUGGACCGAUAAGCUUGAUAUGAGCAAGACGGGACAGUAUUGGGCGCCGCGGUGA